GGCCGCCGAUUGGCCGGCUCGGGCUUACGUCACCGCCCGCCUAGGUCCGGCCUGACUUCUGGGCCAGCAGCCCUCCGUCUCUCGUCGUGUACUGCUGUGUGCUGCCCCGGGCCGGCGUCGGAGUGGACUGGGCGGCCAAGGCAGAGCCAGAGUGGGCGCGAUGAAGGCACUGAUCUUGGUGGGCGGCUAUGGGACGCGUCUGCGGCCGCUGACGCUGAGCAUCCCGAAGCCACUGGUGGAUUUCUGCAAUAAGCCCAUCUUGCUGCACCAAGUGGAGGCGCUGGCCGCGGCAGGCGUGGACCACGUGAUUCUGGCCGUGAGCUACAUGUCUCAGGUGCUGGAGAAGGAAAUGAAGGCGCAGGAGCAGAGGCUGGGAAUCCGAAUCUCCAUGUCCCAUGAAGAAGAGCCUCUGGGGACAGCUGGGCCCCUGGCACUUGCCCGUGACCUGCUCUCUGAGACUGCAGAACCUUUCUUCGUCCUCAACAGUGACGUGAUCUGUGAUUUCCCCUUCCAAGCCAUGGUGCAGUUCCACCGGCACCACGGCCAGGAGGGCUCCAUCCUGGUGACCAAAGUGGAGGAACCCUCGAAGUAUGGUGUGGUGGUAUGUGAGGCUGACACAGGACGCAUUCACCGGUUCGUGGAAAAGCCACAGGUGUUUGUGUCCAACAAGAUCAACGCAGGAAUGUACAUCCUGAGCCCCGCGGUGCUGCGGCGCAUCCAGCUGCAGCCUACAUCCAUUGAGAAGGAGAUCUUCCCUGUCAUGGCCAAGGAGGGGCAGCUAUAUGCCAUGGAGCUGCAGGGCUUCUGGAUGGAUAUAGGGCAGCCCAAGGAUUUCCUCACCGGCAUGUGCCUCUUCCUACAGUCCCUACGACAGAAGCAGCCUGAGCAACUGUACUCAGGCCCUGGCAUUGUGGGCAACGUGCUGGUGGACCCGAGUGCCCACAUCGGCCGCAACUGUAGCAUUGGCCCCAACGUGAGCCUGGGCCCGGGUGUGGUGGUGGAAGAUGGUGUGUGCAUCCGGCGGUGCACGGUGCUGCGGGGUGCCCGCAUCCGCUCCCACUCCUGGCUCGAGUCCUGCAUUGUGGGCUGGCGCUGCCGCGUGGGCCAGUGGGACAGGAAGAGAGUGGGCCCAUAGGGGAAGAGAAGGAGUGCUCCAAAGACCCAGACCCCCACCCAGAGCGGAAGAAGGAAACACAUACCAACAUCCAACCUCCUUCAAGCUUCACAACUCCAUGCAGUCUGAUGGGCAGGCAGAAAGCAGGCAAGGCUCUUCAAGAGAGCCCCCUGCCAGUGGGCCUGGCCUGAGCCCCAGCCAGAGCAGCUCCUCCAUCUCUGGCCAGAGACAUCCACAGGCCACUCUGAGGGCAGGGCCUCUUCCCAUAGGCUUACCAGACAGCAAUAAGGGGCACCAUGGCCUGUCCCCCAGCUUUUCAGCAGUAAAAAGCCUGCUGAGCAUGGCCAAGAUGGGAAGGCUGAGCCAGAACUCGCUGUCCCUGGAGGGUAGAAGCCUCUUAAGGGCUGGCACUGGUCUCAGUAUAAUGGCUGCGGCAGUGCCCUGGUCUUAUACUCAUCUUACCACCCACCGCAGGGAGGCAGGGAAGAGGGGUCUGAAACCCCUCCUGUGUGGGUGCUGAGCUGGAGGCUCCUACAAGCAUCCAGGAUCCAGCUGUCAUGGAGUUCCUUAAUAAAGGUGGUACAUGCUCA